AUGACAAAAUGGUCACCAAACGGGUACCCGUUAACUAUUGCAAUACCUACUCUACCACAUAUUUAUUUGAUGCUAUCCCUAUUCUCACUUGCACACACAGCACCACACAGGACAGAAUUACGAACAACAUCAAGCAGAGCAUCGUCAUCAGAAGACACGUCUUUUGAUUCUGAUGAAGCGUUUCAAUUUGUUAAAGGUCAAAUGGAGAAGUAUGGAUAUCUCACAGAUCAAAAGGAAUUCAAAGAUGCUCUCAAAGUGUUCCAAGAAGUUCUCGAAGUGGAGCAGACCGGAGUCGUUGAUGAGGCUACUAUGGAAGCCGCUUCAAAACCCAGAUGUACUCAAAAAGAUAUUGCCAACACUCCGAAAAGAUCCAGACGAUUCACCCUUUCAAAACGAUCGAAAUGGGGAGAAGACCGCUUCACUGGACCAUCGACAAUCACUUUGAAAUGGUACAUCUCCGAGUAUACCAAUGAUAUUGAUCGCAUGGAAACUCGGCGAGUUGUGAAGAAGGCUUUCGAGUUAUGGAGUUCUCAAAGUUACAUUAAACACGAGAAGAAAGUUGCUCUGAACUUUGUGGAAGCCGCAUCGAAGGAAGAUUCUGAUAUCAAUAUUCUUUGGGCUGAAGGAUCACAUGGAGAUGAGUAUCCAUUCGAUGGAGCUAAUGGAAAAAUCGAAGGAAAUAAGAAAGAAAACGUUCUUGCUCACACUUUCUUCCCUGGAUACGCUUUUCCACUCAAUGGAGAUAUUCAUUUCGAUGAUGCAGAGACUUGGGAAGUCGAUGUUGAUGAAGUCGGUGGAGCUGGAAACAGAAAACGAUUCUUCCCAUACGUUUUGGCUCAUGAGAUCGGUCAUGCUCUUGGAUUGGAUCAUUCUCAAAAGUCGGAUGCUCUGAUGCAUCCAUACUAUAAAAAUGUUCCGAUUCAUGAGAUCCAAUUGGAUGUUGAUGAUAAAUGCGGAGUGAUUUGGAACUACGGUGGAUCAUCGAACUUCUGUUUGUACGUUUGGCUCAUGAGUCAGAUCAUUGAGGCUCAUAACAGUUCUGCCCAAAAUAGUCCUGCUGUCGGCUCGAUUACAAGCUCCCGAAAUGGAAAGAAACUUCUGAAGAAUGCCAAAAUUCCAAAAUGCUCAAUUACCAAUUCGAGUCUACGAACAAACACUGAAAAGAAGCUCACUUUUGGAUUGCAGUUGAGUGAAAGUGAUGCUAAACAUUACACUGACAUCGUGUGCAACUUUCUUGCUGGUCUUCAUGUAUGGCGAGCUGGCUCCGCCCACAAUCCAAAUGAGUCCUUGGAAAAAGAAUAUAAAGGAGUCGUCCAGGAAAUGUCAGGUUUCGGUGGACGAUCAUCUAUAUCAGUUCGACGGUUGAUCCGGCACGCAGAACAUGAAAAACAAGAAAGCAGAAAGGGUCCUUUAGAUCCCGAAUACUUCGACGACGAUUUUUUUGAACAGUUCUUCAUGAAUUAUACGUGA